UCCGCCUCCUAAGCAGGGCGGGAGAUUCGGUGUGCAGUAGGGAGGCUUCCCAUUACCCCCCCCACGCGGGCCUCGGGAGCUCCUCUGAUCAGCUCUGCGACCCUACACUCAAGCUGCCUUCAAGAAUUUGGCCUUUCCUGCUGCGACUGAAGCCGCCUUCCCAACAGCGACCGUUCAGCUGGGUAGCGUCCGGCAGGCGCGAGGCGGCCGCAGCCGCGCCUGGUGAAGACCUAGCGGUGCGUAGAGGGGUGGCUGGGCAGCCUGCCUCCUCUCCUUAGCAAGGGGCUGGCGAGUUACAGGUGACUCUACCUGAAUUUUCCAGCUGCAGAAUGUGUAGUAUCUUUAAAGGUUGGCAGUGAUGAGUAAGCUGGAAUUAAAGGAAAACAAGAUGCUGGAGGUUCAGUUUGUGGGAGAUGAUGAUGUUCUUAAUCACAUUCUUGAUAGAGAAGGAGGAGCAAAAAUUAAAAAGGAGCGAGCCCAGCUUUUGGUGAACACAAAAAAAAUAAUCAAGAAGCCAGAAUAUGAUGUGGAGGAAGAUGACCAGGAAGUCUUAAAAGAUCAGAACUACGUGGAAGUUUUAGGACGAGAUGUUCAAGAAUCUUUGAAAAAUGGCUCUGCUACAGAUGGUGGGAAUAAAGUUUAUUCUUUUCAGAAUAGAAAACACCCUGAAAAGAUGGCUAAAUUAGCUUCAGAACUAGCAAAAACACCAAGAAAAAGUGUUUCAGUCAAUUUGAAGAGUGAUCCCGAAGUUAUGACAGACAUUCCUCAAUGUAGCAAGGGGCAUUCUGCUUCAGACACAGUUCAGUUGAAGAGCAGUGAUAAAAGCGAGUUUCUGUCAACAGCACCUCGUGGGCUAAGGAAAAGAUUAAUAGUUCCACAGUCUCAUUCUGACAGUGAAAGUGAAUAUUCUGCUUCCAACUCAGAGGAGGAUGAAGGGCUGGCGCAGGAAUGCGAAGAGGACACUAAUGAAGUCAUACUGAGCCAAAAGACUCAAGCUCAGAAUAAAGUAGUUUCAGCUCCUGUUUGCAAAGAAACACCUUCUAAGAAAAUGAAAAGAGAUAAAACAAGUGAGUUAGUAGAAGAAUACUUUGAAGCCCACAGCAGUUCAAAAGUUUUAACUUCUGAUAGAACACUGCAGAAACUAAAGAGAGCCAAACUGGAUCAGCAAACUUUGCGUAACUUAUUGAGCAAGGUUUCUCCUUCCUUUUCUGCUGAACUUAAACAACUAAAUCAACAAUAUGAACAGUUAUUUCAUAAAUGGAUGUUGCAGUUACACUUAGGGUUCAACAUUGUGCUUUACGGUUUGGGCUCUAAGAGAGAUUUACUAGAGAGAUUUCGAACCGCAAUGCUGCAAGAUUGCAUUCAUGUUGUCAUCAAUGGCUUCUUUCCUGGAAUCAGUGUGAAAUCAAUCCUGAAUUCUAUAACAGAAGAAGUCCUUGAUCAUAUGGGUACUUUCCGCAGCGUGCUGGAUCAGCUAGACUGGAUAAUAAACAAAUUUAAAGAAGAUUCUUCCUUAGAACUCUUCCUUCUUAUCCACAAUUUGGAUAGCCAAAUGUUGAGAGGAGACAAAAGCCAGCAAAUUAUUGGACAGUUAUCAUCUUUACGUAACAUAUAUCUUAUAGCAUCCAUCGACCACCUCAAUGCUCCUCUCAUGUGGGAUCAUGCAAAGCAGAGUCUUUAUAACUGGCUCUGGUAUGAAACUACUACAUAUAGUCCUUAUACUGAAGAAACCUCCUAUGAGAAUUCUCUUCUGGUCAAACAGUCUGGAUCACUACCACUUAGUUCCCUAACUCAUGUCUUACGAAGCCUGACCCCUAAUGCAAGGGGGAUUUUCAGGCUACUGAUGAAGUAUCAGCUGGAGAACCAGGAUAACCCUUCUUACACUGGACUCCCUUUCCAAGAUUUUUACCAGCAGUGUCGGGAGGCAUUCCUCGUCAAUAGUGAUCUGACACUUCGGGCCCAGUUAACAGAAUUUAGGGACCACAAGCUUCUAAGAACAAAGAAGGGAGGUGAUGGAGUGGAGUAUUUAUUGAUUCCUGUUGACAAUGGAACACUGACUGAUUUCCUGGCAAAGGAAGAAGAGGAAGUUUGAAGCUCUCCUAUAUUCUUGAAUCUUCUGUGGAAGAGUUGUUGUACCCCAGCUGCCACUCCUCUAGUCUAAAGUGUCGUGUUUACAUCCAACAUUAGACUCUUUUUCUGAUGUCCAAGAUUUAAAAUUGGGAGGGGGGCAUGUCAUCAACUAGCACCUUGCUUAGCCUGCUGGUGUACGUACCAUCCUAGUACCAUCCCACAUCUAUGCAGUGGUCCUCAAGCUGGAGAACACGUGCCUUUCAUUCAUUACCUCUCUGGAGACUUCUUGCUGGAAUGAACAGUAUGCUCAGGGACUAUUUGGAACUGGAUGUUUUUGAAUUUUUAUACCAGAGAUGAUAUUAUUCCUGAUUUUUUGAGGGCCCUUUAACACGCCUGGAACUGUUUGCAAACAGGCUUGUUCCAGAGUGUGGAAGCACAAAGACAAUGGCAUCACGUAAAUCUGCUUUAUCUGCUAUUCCGUAUGUCAGAAUUGAUGACUACUUAUAAUAGAGAAGGCAGAUCAUCUCUUACUGCUUCUGAAAUGGUUCAACAAAAGGUGUAAGAAGGGGAAAGUAGGUGCUCCAGCUUUUCUCCUUUGGGAUUUAGGCUGCGUGCUGGUAGAGGAAGGAGGAGCACAGUACUGUUUCAGUUGGGAGAGUGGGAAAAACAGGACGUGUAUACAGGGUGCCUGCCCAUCCCAGAAAGCACAUGAACAAUGACACAUCAUGCUGCUCGGGACAGUAACGUCUGUGCCAUCAUCUUCAUGACACAGUGAGAAGCCAAGCUAGAGAAACAAUCUCGAAUUACAUUUUAGUCAUUUUUUCCAAGGCAACAGAAAAUAAAAAAUUAACUAUUCUUGUAUAUCAGUGUAUUUUUCUUUGUGUAACAUGCAGAUGAGCAGCAUGUUAAUGACUGGCUUUAAAUUAAUCUUGAUUUCCCUAUCACGUAGGCCUAAAACUCACUGUUAAGACAUUUCAGUUUUUUAAAGUGAUCAUUUCAAGCAUCCUAAAUACUCACACAAGCCUUCUUGUCUUCUAGGGAAGAAAGGAAGGCCGACCUUGGCUAUGUAGUCAGCAGACAGUCUUCACAAACUCCCUGAAAUAGUUCACACUUGGAAAUGAAAUUCUUUGCUAAAAUAUCACUGUAAUAUAAUGCAUCACCAUUUUUCACUCAUUUCUUAACCUUGUCAACUCCCUUUAUGAAAAUAUUUCCCCAGAUGCUUAGAAUUUUUAAAAUAAUUUCUGUGUCAUAUAAUGAAGUAAUUCUAUGUUAAAUCCAUGUAUUAAGAGGUUUCCUUUCCCUCUUUAAUUUCUAAUCGAAGUAUUUAAAUAAGUUUGUAGAUGAAUAUGAUUCUAAAUUUUUAAAAUUGUACCAAAGGAUAAUCAAUGAAAAGUCAGUUUCCUUAACCAUUCCCUGAUCCCUUGGUAGCCAUUGACAGCAGUUUGGGCUUCUUCCAGAGGAAUUCUAUGCACAUCCAGGAGCAUUUGUCUAUAUUUCUCAUUUUAAAAACACAAAUGGUGACAUGUGAUACUUGCUGGUUUGCACUUUUUUUUGCUUAAUAUAUCUAGUUUAUAAUAACUUACAGUAUAAAAGUGUACAAAAUCUUUAUUGACCUAAUGUGCAAACUUUGCAUUUGCUCUUAAAUAUCAACUGGUUUAUUUUUAUAAUUUUUGUGUCUAUUUGCAAGCAGUAUGUGUGAACAGUCUUUACUAUUAAUAAAAAAUAAUUUGGAUAGACUCUU